AUGGCGGCAAACAUGACGGAAGAUUCAAUCGGCCGCUCCAUACACAAACAUCGACCAGAACGUUUUUCUGUGCAAAAAGCUUUGGAGCUACUUGGGUUAAUUGAUGGAGACAACUCAGAUUUAGAAUUGUCUGACAACGAUGAUCCCAUCCUGGAUGAACAUUACCAACCAUCACCACAGGAGGAAAGCAGCAGUGAGGAUGAGGGUGACAGUAGUGAUGAUGAGGAGCCCAUUCCCGAGCCCACUGAGCAUAGCAGAGGACGACGUGGAAUACGCUGGAAGGCUACUCCAUUGACGCCGAACCUCGCAGAGUAUCAGCAUCAGGAUGAAACUGAUCUGGACAGACAUGGCUGGACCCCACUAGACUAUUUUGAACAGUACAUAGAUAGAGAUCUGAUGACACUGAUUUCAGAAUGUUCUAAUGUCAUGUCACUGUCUAAGAGUGGGGACCCACUCAACAUGUCAGUCAAUGAGGUUUACCACUUUUUUGGUGCCUGUAUUUUGAUGUCCUGCAUCCGAUAUCCAACCAUUAGGAUGUAUUGGUCCAAAGCCUUGAAAAUCACUGCCAUCACUGACAGAUUCACGCGUGCCAGAUUCUUCAAACUGAGGGGAGCAAUAAAAGUAGUAAUUGAUGAUGAUGUGCCUGAAGACCUGAAGAUGUCUGACAAAUUCUGGAGGGUGAGGCCUUUUCUGGAUCGGAUUCUGCGAGGCUGCAAGUCUCUGAAUCGACCUGAUUGCGCAUCAAUUGAUGAGCAGAUGAUACCUUUCACAGGAGCUUGUCCGUACAGACAAUAUCUGCCAAUGAAGCCAAACCCAGUUGGCAUAAAGAACUUUGUUUGUGCUACAGCAGAUGGCAUUGUGCUUGACUUUGAGCUCUAUCAAGGUACAAAUUCACUGAUGGAGAAGGUCGAAGAACCCGAGGGCCUGGGUUUGGGAAGCUUAGUCAUUGAGUGUCUGUGUCAAACUCUGCAACGUGGCACAAAAGUGUAUUGUGACCGGUUCUUCACCACCAUCAAAGGUGCGCAACAAAUGAUGGAGAAGGAGCUGUACCUAACUGGUACAAUAAUGAAAAAUCGACUUGCUGGAGCGAACCACAAGUUACCCUGUGACAAAGCCAUGAAAAGCGCAGGAAGAGGUACUUCAUCAGAAGUGUCCGCUGAAGAUGGAAAGUUGUGUGUAGUGAAGUGGUACGACAACAAACCAGUAUUGAUGAUGUCUGUUGUUCAUGGUACACAGCCUGAAGACACCUGCCAGCGCUGGGACAAGAAGUUGAAACAAUAUGUCACUGUUUCGCGACCAAGCAUUGUCCGUGAGUACAACACCAAGAUGGGUGGAGUUGACUUGAUGGAUAGAAUGAUCAGUUACUAUCGCAUGAGCACCCGUACUAAGAAGUGGACAAUGCGGAUGGUAAUGCACUUCACGGAUCUGGCUUUAGCCAACAGCUGGCUACUCUACCGCAAAGACCAUGCAAUAUGUGCUGGACCAAAAACAAGACCCAUCCAGUUCCUUCAGUUCCGUAUGGAAGUAGCAAAGAUCCUUUUGGCCCAGCAUCACAGUGCUGACCUAUCGGAACAAUCAGAGGAAGAAGAAGAUUCAAAUCAAGCGGGAAAACGUCAUGUGACAGAGUUGCCCCAUGUCUCAGUCCGCAGAAGGGCUAAUGCCCACCUCCCAGAGAUGAUUAGCCUGAAGAAUGCGAUGCACUGCAGACAACCAGGCUGCACCGGAAGAACCCGAGUGCGUUGUGUGACCUGCAAAGUGUUCUUGUGCUUGCAAACCGAACGCAACUGUUACUCAGACUUUCACACAUAG